CUCUGGCAGGGUGGCAAUGCAGGAUUUCCUGUGGGUUGACACAGGCUGAGGUUUAUGAAGAGAUGUAAAAUGUUCAGAUUGAGAACAAGCUUUCUCAAAUAAGUACUGUCUUAGCAGGAUUGGUCUAUUUAUUGUGUUUGAAAGAUUUCAUUUGGAAAGUAUAUUGUUAUUACAGACCGGUUCUAAAAUUAACUAAAAUUGCAGAAGCAUACUGAGCUUACUCUUAACAAAAAUAGGAUCAGAAAAAAAAUCUGUUAAAAAGUGAGUAUCGAACCGAAGAAAUUCUGCAGUUUAUGGUCUGUAUUUCAGACAGAAGUGACUGAUACUGGUUUAAAACCUUUCUUCAAAUGAAAGUUGUGUAAAUGGGUUAGACCCAGAAGACUGGUAAGGCAGGGAGAAAAGAGUCAGACUGUGUAGUUGGAGUAUUUCUGGAGCACGAUAGGGUUUUGCUUUUUUUUUUUUUUUUUUUUUUUUUUUUUUUUUUUUUUUCCUUCUUGAUUUAACAAGUUGAAAAUCUGCUGAAUAAUUCAUGAAGAGUGGAAGGGCUGAAUCUUCCUGGAAUGAUAUACAGUGUACGUACUGUGGCACAGGAGAAACUGCAAAGCUUUGUAUCAGUUGCUGUCGUUUCUGCUGCCGAUUGCAAGGUGCUGCUGCUUUUGCUGUUUUCACAGCUACAGAAACCUCAGUCGUGCUCUGGUCUGCCAACAGCCAUUUGCCUCCCUAUGGACCCACCUUCACCAGCUACAGUCUGUGGACUCUUGCUGCCUACCUGCCUUGGACACUGCUGGUUUUUGGAUCCUUACUGCAAACAGCAUUUUCUGGACCUUACAGCUUGUAUGACUGAAACCUGCCUUAGAGUCCUUCAGCUGCACAGCCUCCCGUGUGCUUGGUGAGGACUCCUGCAGCAGAACUUCUGACCCAGACAAGGAUGGGAUUUACAGGGCAAAGUCAAAACUGAGCUGCAUUCAGCGAGAUGCCCAACGCCUCUUCCUGGAGUGCUAGCUCGCCUCUGCUGCUGCUCUGGGAGGACUCCUCCAGUACCCGCAUCUUUCUGUCGCUGCUCUACGCAGUCUUAGCUAUCUCAGGGACUUUAUCCAAUGUGAUGGUCAUCUAUUUAGUCUUCUCCUUCAAGAAGCUGCAGACAACCAGCAAUGCCUUCAUCGUGAACGGCUGUGCGGCAGACCUGAGCGUGUGCGCCCUGUGGAUGCCCCAGGAGGCUGUGCUGGGGCUGCUGCCCCCCAAUUCCUCCUCCCUUCGCUCGGCGGAGUACCGGCUGCUCCGAGGGGGGCUCCUGGGCCUCGGCCUCACCGUCUCCCUGGCCUCGCACCUGCUGGUGGCUUUCAACAGGUAUGUGCUCAUCACCAAGCUGCCCAGCGUGUACCAGGCCCUCUACCAGCGGAGACACACGGGCUGCAUGAUCGGGCUCUCCUGGGCCCUCGCCCUGCUCCCGGUCCCGCUGCUGCCCGGGCUCUGGACCCUGGGCUCAGCCCAGUCGGACGGCAGCUCUCGCUACACCGCCCUGCUCCUCGCCCUGGCCGUACUGGGCCAGACCGCGCUGCUGCUCCACUGCUACCUCGGCAUCGUGCGGCGGGUGCGGGGCAGCGCCAAGCGGGUCAGCGUCCUCAACUUCCACCUGCUGCACCAGCUGCCCUUCCCCGCCGCGCCGCCGCCGCCUCGCCGCGCCCAGCGCCGCCUCAGCAGCGUCUCCGUCCUGCUGCUCUGCUGCGUGUUCCUGCUGGGCACCCAGCCCCUGGUCUGGGUGAGCCUCCUGGGCUUCUUCCUGCGCCCGGCGCCGCCGGCGCUGCAGGCCGCCAGCUGGCUGCUGCUCUGCUCGCUCUCGGCCCUCAACCCGCUGCUCUACACGUGGCGCAGCGAGGAGUUCCGCCGGGCGGCCCGCUCUGUCCUGCCCCGCGGCGAGGGCCCGGCCGCCGCCCCACGCCCCGCGGCCGCCGCCGCGGGCCCCGCCGGCGCCCCGCCCUGUCCGCAGCUGCCGCGGCGCCGGGGCACGGGGAGCAGCGCCAGCGCCGCGGCCGCGCCGCGCUGA